UCUCUCCUCCGCUUUCUUCCCUCAGACCGUUCGCCGCCUCACAAUCUCUCUUCUUCGCCCGCCUUUGCUUAUCUCCUCAUCCGCCACAAUUGGCUCUGUCGAUACCGUCACCGCCGGCCCAAAAGCUCUGUUCUUAGAUUUUCAGUUUAACAAGGUGGAGUUUUAGGGUUUGGAAAUUUUGUAUCUCAGCCUCUGGAAAUUGAGCUAGCCCACGAAGGUGAAUGGAAUGGCUCUCUCACUUUUUUGGCUCAUACCCAGAUCGUUUUCUUGCAUUUAAUUGCUUAAAGUUGAAGCCUUUGCUGCAUUUGAGCCAAUUUGAUGUUUUCAAUUGGUGGUGUUAAUUGGGUUGUGGUGAUUGUUUUCUUUUCUGGUAUUUAUUGUAUCCGCCUUGAUGUGGGUUUGGAUGUUUGUAUAUGAAGCAAAGGAAGUGCAUCAGUUGAUAUUUUCAAAACCAAUCUCUACUUUUCUAAUAGGUGUUUAAGUGCCACUGAUGUGGGGGUCAUAGCCAUUGCAGAGAGUUGCACCUCUCUGAAAUAUCAAGCUUUCCGAGUUAUGCUUAUGUUCUUAAGUCUGCCUUUUUCCAAAGAUGAUUUUUGAAAAUCUUUGGUGGAUGACCUGCAUUAGACGAGCUUGAGUGUUCUUAAGCCACAGUCGAAAAGUUUAAGGCUUUCUGUUUUGUUAGCUAAGAAAUUGAGAGAUAGUGUGAGGUUGAAUGUUGAGAUUUUGCGUUGGCGACAGGACUUCGAAUGUAUAGUAGUAAGAAGUAUAGAAAGUGAUAUUCAAGUGAGUAUAGAUAAUGAGGCGAAAUGUUAAGCCUUUGAAUUGAUAGUAGGACUCAAUGAAUGUGUAGGGCAGCACGUAUGUAUAUAUUUGCAGCAAAAAGUUUUAUGCAUUCUGUUUUGGUUGCUAAUUAAGAAAUUGAGGUAACUUGAGAUUAAAUGCUAUGGCGAAAUGCUGUUAUUUUCUUCUUGUUGAUGAGAAUCAGCAUUCAAUUACAAAUUGGUUGACUUUGCUAUGGUUUUGUGCAUUCAUUUCGGGGCAAACUGAUUAGUAUUGGCUGUUGAUAUAUUGUUUCAAAGCAAUCGCAGAAGCAAAGAUGGACGAUAUAAAAUAAUCAUGAUAAAUUAAUUGCACAAGCGAGCAUUGCCCUUCCACACGCGCGUAAGCGCGUGCAAGAAGGCUAGUACUCUGAAUCCUAAGAAGAUAAGUUUUUCUUUCCCCCUUUCAUCUCCACAUUAAUGUCAUCUUAAGACCUGAUUUUUUAGAUUCGGUACACUAAAUCAAGCAGAUGGGGAGUUCAAUUCUUGUUAAGGGUUUUGGAGAAAGAGUGCAUCAGGCGACCGCGCUUUUUUGGUCACCUGCCCUGGCCCCUAUCUUUGUUCCACCAUUGGGAAAGUGUUUAGAUUAGAAAUUUGUUUGUGCCUGUUAACUGCCUAGAGGGAUUUCAUCUACUUGUACUUUUGAUGCCGAGUGCAUAAAUCUAUUUACUUAAAUGUUCUGAUUCCAUGUAUUUUCUUUUCCCCUCUUAUUGAGAUCAUAAAUGUUACUUUCCAAUAUGUUGUACGAAUUGAUAUGGGGCCUAUUCGGCAUCCAUGGUUCGGGUUUCAGAGACUUCCUGUUGAAACCGGAGCUGCUUCGAGCCAUUGUGGGUUCUGGAUUCGAACAUCCAUCUGAAGGCAAAGUUUUAAUCACUCUUUCGCUAUAUUUGUUGUUAAUCUUUAAAUAAAUGUCAAGAAGCCUUUAGACUUAUUUAUCUGGUCUGAAUGAAUAUGCUGCAGUUACUCUGUUUUAUGCAAUCUUUGUAGUAAUUCUGUACAGGGCAAGUUGAGUUUCCUCAUUGAAAUCUGCAUUGAUGCUAAGGCAUGCUUCAGCUUCGGAAUUUAGCUAGCUCAGUCUGAUAUAGUCUUCUUAUCAAUUCUUUGGAUGUUUUUCAAUAGCUUCAGAAAUGUGAGGAGCUGGAGUUAGAAAUGUGAAGUCGAAGGACGCGUCAUGCUAUCCCAUAUUUUGUAUUUCUCUUAGGAUUACCUGGAAGUUUUAACUUGCAUCGUAUAAUACAGUUGGAACAUUCCCAUUCAAUCAAGACACGUAUAUAGUCUUUUAAAAAUUCAGUGGUUGCCUCUUGGAAUUGCACUUGUAACAAGUGAUGCCAAUGCUGCUUUUACAUGGCCUUUUGGAAUGAGCAGAUCACAAGAGCCUUCAGCCCUUAAACGGAAGCGCUCGGACUCGCAAUCCGGGUCUUUGACAGAGCAUGAAAGCAAACUCUAUGAUGCCAUCCGCAGCAAGGCAGAUAUGGGCAUGUCUGUACCAGACUUGAGGCGAGAAACAGGACUCCAGAACAAUUUAUUUACCAAGGCCAUCAAAACACUUCAAGCCAAACAACUGAUAAAAGAGGUUAAAAAUUUUGAAAACAAGACGAGGAAACAUUACAUGGCUACAGAGUUUGAGCCCUCGAAGGAGAUAACUGGUGGUGCUUGGUAUGAUAAUGGACAGCUUGAUACUGAGUUUAUAAAGGUUGUAAAACGUGGGGUUGUGAAGGUCAUUCAUGAUCAGGAGAUUGCCACCUUGGAGGAAAUUUCACAUGCAAUUAGGAUGAAGAAGUUACUAACUGUUAACUUAUCCGCACAGGAAUUGAAACAGGUUCUUGGGGCUUUGGUUUUGGACAAUGAGGUCCAGAAGGUGGAGAGCACUGAUACGGGGGACUUUGUCGGUGCUAAAGCUAGGAAAGAUUGUUAUAAGUGCUGCAAGAGAGGGGAACCAAACUUAGCAUCCAUGGCUUCCAUUCCAUGCGGAGUCUGUCCGCGUAUUAAUCAAUGUACCCCAGAUGGCAUUAUUUCCCCAACCACCUGUGAAUACUUCAAAAAAUUGUUGGAUUUCUGAACUGAUAUGCCUCUCGAUGGUUUUGGAGGUUUUCCUUCUAUCGCCUAAGACGUAGUUCUGCAGAAGCUUGAUGCCUCUGUCUUUUUGCUUAUGAAUUUUAAGACAUCAUAAUGUCUUUUUGUUUUUUGAAUCCCUUUUUACUUGUUGCAACUUUCAGGUCCGCUUGAAUUUUCAACUUUCAGGUCCGGUUGAAUUUUCAAUGAAAAUUGUAAUCUUUAUGAAUCAACCUUCAGUUGAGUUAAUUUAAUAACAUCAGAGUUUGUUUCCUAUCUACA